GUAGCAAUCCAACCGUUCUGUUCAGUGUCUGGUCAAUUCCACUGCUUCCUGCAGUCUAUGCAUACCUGACGCCAUGUUUGUCGCCUAGACUGUUCUAGGACUCCCUGAUCAAGUGCUCUCCAAUCACGAGGCCUCUUUCUCGAGUCAAGCCGUCCCGACCAUUCCAUGACUUUGACCAAAAGACCCCAGAGAUUGCUGAACUGACUCCAUCGGAAGCCUUGACAAGCUUUUCGUUAGGCACCUACUGGACAUGCACCCAUGUCUUCUCACGACCGAGAGCAAAAUGGAGCUCCAGAUCCUCAGUCUUCCUCUUCUUCUUCCGAAAUCGUAGACACAGCCCCCGACGCCAACCAGCCAACGGCGCCUGCCAUCAGUCGAACGUCCAGCGUCCGCUUCUCAGAAGGAACCAAGAAGGGUCACUCACCACCUCCGAUGUCACGCUAUCCUCGGACUUCAGGAGAUUCUGAUGAAAUAACUCCAAUACGAACUGCAGACGGUCAUUCAGAUCGUCACUACGACACGACCGGCACAACAUCUACCCCUUCGCCAGCCGCCCAGGAAGAGGAGGAACAUUCAGGAAAAGAAGAACAGAAGCCGUCAUGGCUGAAGAGAGUAGCAGAGAAGUACGGGUCGGUCGCGCUCGAAAAUAAGGGCUCCGUAGCGCGAGAUCACCUGGCUCUGGAAAGGACAUUCCUCGCGUGGCUACGGACUAGUCUCGCAUUUGCAAGCAUUGGAAUUGCUAUCACACAGCUCUUUCGCCUGAACACCACCAUUGCAAGGCAACAAGAUAUUACUCCGGGCAUCGGCGUUGCCAGUGACCAGAUACCGUUCUCACCAAUGGUCGGACAAGCUGUACCUCCAGAGCUCAUACCUUACCUGCAGCAACUCACUGCCACCGCGGCUCCUUCUGUACCAACGUUGGGACCGACACUUCUUGAUCAAAUACUUCUCUUACCGCCUUCAGGUGCCAAUGGUCUUCAGCUGUCACGGCGUGAAGAUCUGAGUUCUUCGCAGACCACUGAGGACCAAGCCGCGAAACUCCGGCAUGUAGGCAAGCCGCUAGGUGCGACUUUCUUGGGCAUCUCGAUUGUCAUCUUGUUCAUCGGCUUCCAUCGGUACUUCGAGUCUCAAUAUUGGAUCAUUCGCGGAAAAUUCCCGGCCAGUCGUGGCAGUAUAUUCGUUGUCGGAUUUAUUGCCGGGUCACUGAUUAUUGCAAGUCUGGCGGUUGUGCUUGCAAUAUCGGCAACGAGUUAUGAGAAAAAGUGAUGUUCUCUAUUCAGACACGGUGUUUGAAAUUUAGUGGCAAGGAAUCAGAGCCAUGGUCGCUCUGCCUAUUCUCUUGUACAUACCUCAUCUGUCAUACCAUUGGCUGAUGAGGCUUGACCUUGUUCGAAAGGCUCGUGUCAGAAGAACCAGGAAGAUCUGCCGUGGCCGGAUCCUGGACCUCUGCUCGGGCAGAGACACAGCAACGAGCCCCUUGACGAGAUCGAACCACACCGGCAGCAGAGCUGGCCGAGCAAAGAAUAACCGAUAUUGCUCAAAGCAGUGACUGGGUCAAGGCCAAUGCCGAGAGAUUACGAGCCCUUGAUAGGGAUUGCAGACGUACACGCGGGUAGAAGGGUAUAUAAUAUGUUUGCAUGUCUGUCAAAUAGCUGAGCAAGUGUGUACUGUGGGAUGCAGCGGCGAGGUAGCAUCAAUCUCAGAUGAGGAGGCUGUGGUGGCGUCCGAUGUCCAUGACAUGCCGUCCUUGAGUUUGAAGCACAGCGUGCCGCAAUAGAAUUCGACAAACGCCAGUGCCUGGAUACUGCUAGGUGCUAGAUAGUCGUCAACAUCUCAGCCAGUACCACUGUCACGGCUAUUGCAAUGAAGGCGGUGUCUGUCCACAUUACCUUCACGCGUGUAUUCGCUUGCAGAUCAUGUACGAAUCAAAAGAAAAGUAUUAGGUACUCA